AUAUUUAUCGUUUGGAUUGGCCCAUGUUGCAGAGUGAUGCGGAAAGCGAAGGUCUCUAUCCAAACAGCAGAUGUAAAGAAAGCCAUAUCUCAGUAUUCAGUCGACGUUGUCACUGAGAAAAAUGAUCAACCUAUUGUUGUCUGGCGAAGGUCAGUGGCGCCUGUUGCUCCCCAUUGUCUUCCCUUUCUAAACUACCAGCUAUGA